ACCUUGAUUGAAGUGAAUGCAAACAAACAUUUUUCCUUGCCAUCGAUAUUUGUGUUUAACAGACGCAAAAUAUGCUGGAACUUCUCGGGAACGACAAGAGCCUAAACAAAGUAAAAAUACUACUUUUUUAUCUUCAAUUCCCUCUGCUACAAAGUUGAUUUUUUCCUUUUGUUUUACGCCUAAUUUCAAAAUAAGCCACAGAAUAGAACAAAGGAUUAUCAGUUCACAAAAUGGCAAGAGGGAAAUACGAAACAACUGUAGGAUUGGAGUAAAUUUUGAUGGAUUAUUUAUCGAAAUAUAAAUCUAUCUUCCAUUCUUACCAUGAUGGCGGAAUAAGAGAAAGAUUCGCUUGGAAUUCUGGGAGUUUUAUACACACGUGCGGGCAAGCAAUUUUAGGGCGUGCAGGUGUUGCAGGUUAAAUAUAUCCAGGGGGGAGUAUUCAUACCAAAACGUAACCGGGGGGUAGACUUCUCGCCAAAAGUCCAAAACACAUGGCAACAAAAGUUAUAAACAACAACAAGAUGUCGGCGUUUACAAGUUUAGUUUGCCGCGGAGAUGCGACGAAAAUUAAGGAAUAUCUCGAAGAUUCAGAGAACGAAAUUGAAGACCGUCAAAUUUUUAUAAACGAACGCGAUAAAAGCGGGAAAAAUGCUCUGGAUUUUGCAGCGAUGCUAGGAAGAGAGGAUGCAAUCAGGAUUUUGAUAGAAUGUGGGGCCGACCCAAAUUAUUGUACGAAAACAGGUAUAUAGCACUUGUUAUUAACUUCCUUUUUCUUUGAAAUGCAAAAUUUUGUGUGCUGUUAUAGUUGUACAUAAAUAUAGAUGGUGUGGUGGGGACUGCGGGGCGACGGCAGACCCUAGGUAUUGAGUACCCCUUUCCCUACCUUUGUAAAUUCUGAUAGCUGGGGGCUGUUUGUUGCCCUUCCUAUAGUUUUUGUAACUUUUAGAGCACGCCCACAAUGAAUGGUCAACUAUCAGACGUAUCAACAUUUCUGACAUUGACCGACCUUCUGUGUGUUUUUAUUUAUUUUUAUUUACUAGCUUUGUCAUAAAUGACUGGUGAUCCCUACAGGGCUUAUUGCCCCAUUCACAGAGUCCCUUCAUUCUGUGUGUCUUCAUUCUGUGCCAUUACUGUAAGAAACAAGCAUGCAUCUCUUUCCAGUUUUUACUCCAAAGAAUUGAAAAUACAUUUGUUUUAUUCAGGUUAUACUGUAUUACACCGUGCUGCAUCAUGGGGUCACUUACAUUGCAUAAAGAUGCUCGUAAAUUGUGGCGUAGACCUACAGGUUACCAAUGUUCAUGGAGAGCGUGCAAGAGAGGCUGCGGCAAGAUAUGGAAAACAGGAUUGUGUGGAUUUCUUGGACAGAGCAGGUAUGAUGGCUAGGAGAUCUUCAAAUCCUAAACUAAAUUGACAUUAUUUCUAUUGGAUUACUUUAUCAAAUUCUAAACUGUUUACUCCUGAGGGUUACUACAGGAGGAAACCUAAUUACUGGAUAUAGCUAUAUCAAUUUUGAAUUGUUGUCUCUAAAAGUCCAGAAAAAACAAUAUAUCUCUUAUUGGCCCAAUGUUACUACUACAGGAAACUGGAGUACCAAUGGAAAACCUGUGAUGUUUGGCAAACAGAAAGUACUCUUAUCACAUAUGACUGAGGGUGUAAAUUGUAAUGAAUAUAAGGCACAUGUACUAACAAGAUUUACACUUAUCUUCCAUUUUUAUCCUCUAUGUUAGAGGCGAUUGCAGCAUUGCGUGAAGCAAUUCAAGAUAUCAAAAGUACAAUGACAGAUCCAGAGAAGAAUCUUGGACGUUUAAACAAAGAAGACAAGGUGUGUGUUAACUUGUGCAAUGGCAGAAACCUAAGUGUGAUAAUGGGCUAAAUAAUAAAGUAUGGUGCAUGAGAGCACAGUGCAACAUAACAAGUUCAAUGUAAUAAAAAUGUAAGCAACUUCAUGUCAUAAAAAAUUUGAAUGUAAUUAUAGUUGACUGGAAACAAGCUGUGUGAUGAGAAAAAUACUUGGUUGAUGGCAAACAAAGACACUGCAUCUGUUGAACUUAUAUUCAAAAAGAAAGAUGAACUUUACGAAGCUUUACAUUAUAUUUUCUUGAAACUUGAAGACUUGGGUAAGAGUUAGCAAUAAUAUAAAGCUGUUUUAUGUGUUCAAAAAUUUGGCAAAAAGCUUUAUUUUUUGUCUGGAAAAGUGAGGGAUUUUUCUGUUUUAGAUGUGGAAAAGAAGAGAUAAUCUAUUGUCUGUUAUAUAUAUCUUGUGGAAAGCAAAGACAAGGGCCAAGACGAUUGCUUGUACAGCGCCACAGGCAAGCAACAUCACUUGAUAAAUUAUAUUUGUUUCACAGUAGUAAAUACUAAAUAGCUUACUAACAGCCAGUGUCUGGCUCUAGCAGAAAUAGUAAAACUAUUGGUUGUGGUAAAAAGCAAAAUUGUUUGCACCUGGUGUAAAUUCAUAGAACAAUAAACAAAAAUAUAUUUAUUCUAGUUCAGAUAUUGAACUACACUUUUCAGUAUCAAAAUUAAAAUAUGAAUUGCACAAUAAAACCAUGUGUGUAAAACAUACGUGUCAACAUUUUAUUGUAUAAAAGAUUUCUGCAAUAAGCUAUUAAGGCCCAUUUCCACUCAAGAAAAAUUUCCACGGAC